GCACCCGGUGGGUCCUCAGAGGCCACCAGCCACAACCACAAGCCGAGAACGCCACCUUCUUCAGAACCGGAUGCCAAAAAAUUAUCGGAAAGGAAGUUUUCGGGACCCACAUCACCGGCCUAAAGCAACUUGUGUGCGUAGAGAUCUUUCGUUCGUACGACAAGGCCGGAGAUCACGGCUUUCGGAGGAUACCUCGGCGUCGAAUUCCUCCCGGAUACGGCAGAUGACCACACAGUAAACCUACAGAGGUCAAUUGGAUAUCACAGAGGAGGAUUCGACCGGGAACGAGUGUGUGUGGGAAACAUCCCACCUCCAGAGAGAAAUGCAGGGGCCUACAAUGGUGCGCGGGGUCAGCCGGCUUCGCAUGUCAACAUUUUCGAGGGCGACGACGACAACAUGUUCCACCUGCCUCAGAUCCACAGCUCCCCUUGAUAGUAGGAUAGCUCAGUCCAGAGCUCCUUUCCACACCGGAAGACGAGACUCCUCCGCCUGGGCUGCCGCCGUCUCUGUCGCCGGCAACAUCGUCAACAAUGCGAUCACCCGCGCCACCAGAGGGGACAUGCCCUCCGUCGACCCCCUACGGAUCGUCGCCAAGGAGAUGAAGUUUCUCACAGGCAACAUCAGGAAACUCCUCGGGUCCGGCCACCCCUCCCUGGACAGAGCAGCAAAGUACUACACACAAGCCGAAGGCAAGCAUGUCCGGCCACUAAUAGUCCUGCUCAUGUCGCGCGCCACCUCCCUCUGCCCCAAAGCUCCCCAGAGGCAGCAGGCCACCCUCCAGGCCUCGAUGGGCAUCGACAGCUCCAUCUCCCCGCUUUCCGUCCUCUCCGACUUCAACCCUUCCGCGACAGCCGUUGCCCCCGAAGCCGAGACGAACGACCACCCCGACAUUCUCCCUUCGCAAAGGAGACUCGCCGAGAUCACCGAGCUGAUUCACACUGCUUCGCUGCUUCACGACGAUGUGAUUGAUCACUCUGAAUCCCGAAGAGGCUCACCAUCUGCCAACCUCGAGUUUGGCAACAAGAUGGCUGUCCUGGCAGGCGAUUUCCUUCUCGGGAGAGCGUCUGUGGCUCUUGCGAGGUUGCGUCAUGCCGAGGUUAUCGAGCUGUUGGCUACGGUCAUUGCCAACUUGGUGGAGGGCGAGUUCAUGCAGCUGAAGAACACUGCGCGCGACGAGCGCAACCCGCAAUGGUCUGAGGAGACUCUGACGUAUUACCUCCAGAAGACGUAUCUCAAGACUGCGUCGCUGAUCAGCAAGAGCUGUCGCGCGGCGGCGCUGCUUGGUGGAAGUGAUGCGGCGACGGUGGAUGCGGCGUAUGCCUAUGGGAAGAACCUGGGUUUGGCGUUCCAGCUGGUGGAUGAUAUGCUCGACUACACCAGGAGCGAGCAAGAACUCGGCAAGCCGGCGGGGGCGGAUUUGGAGCUGGGACUUGCGACGGCGCCUCUGCUGUUUGCGUGGAAGACGAUGCCAGAGCUCGGCGCGCUGGUUGGGAGGAAGUUUGAGAAGGAGGGUGAUGUUGUGAGGGCACGCGACCUGGUUGCGCAGAGUGAUGGUAUCGAGCAGACACGGGCGCUGGCCGAGGACUACGCACAGAAGGCCAUUGAUGCCAUCGCGCCGUUCCCAGACAGCGAGGCCAAGGAUGGCCUCAUCGAGAUGGCUGUCAAGACUCUGAAGCGGAAGAAAUAG